AUGAUCUUGCCACCAGUUCAACAUGGCGCGACUGUUCUUAAUCGAGAAUUUUUUCGACAUUUAUUCAAUCAACCAAAACUAAGAAAUGUUGUUGAAGAUCCUGAAUCAAAGUCAACUAAAAUAAUUUUAUUGAAUCCUAAAUUUAAUAGUUUAGAAGUUAAUGAAUUAAUUAAUAAAGAAGGACUUGAUGUAAUUCAUCAUUCAAUUGAAUUGAAUUAUGAUUACUGGGAUGAAAUACUCAAAGCUAUUUUACCCGAGGAAGUUGAAUCCCCAUCAUCGUUUACUCAAGUUGGUCACAUUGCCCAUAUGAAUUUACGUGAUGAAUUUCUUCCUUGGAAAUAUAUUAUUGGACAAGUGAUUCUUGAUAAAAAUCCCAAGAUUACUACAGUUGUCAAUAAAACUGAUAUAAUUGAUUCAACUUAUCGAUGUUUCAAUAUGGAGAUAUUAGGAGGUGAAAAUAAUUUGAUGGCUGAAGUGAAAGAAAGUAAUUGUAGAUUCCGAUUUGACUUUUCCCAAGUAUAUUGGAAUUCGAGAUUAAAUACUGAACAUGAACGAUUAAUUAAAAUGUUUAAAAAAGGGAAUUAUAUUUGUGAUGUUUUUGCGGGUGUUGGACCAUUUGCAAUUCCUGCUGCUAAAAAAGGAUGCAUUGUAUAUGCAAAUGAUUUGAAUCCCGCUUCUUAUAAAUAUUUAGCAGAAAAUAUAUCUUUAAAUAAGGCGAAUGAUAAAAUUUAUCCUUAUAAUUUAGAUGGAAGACAUUUUAUUAAAAAAGCAGUACAAGAUUUAGAAAUCACGUUUAAUAAUUCUAAUGAGAAGAAUGAAAAGAAUGUGACUGUUACUGUUGCUGAUUCCACUUGUUUAGAGACUUCAACAAUCAAUUUUCAAACUUUUGAUCAUUUCAUUAUGAAUUUACCGGCAACUGCUAUAGAAUUUUUGGAUUCAUUUAGAGGUUUAUAUAAAGGGAAAGAAUCUUUAUUUGAAGCUUCAUCAAUGGAUUUACCAAUGAUUCAUUGUCAUUGUUUCUCAAAGAGUGAGACACCCGAAAAAGAACUAUUAGAAGAUUCAUUAUCACCUGAAUCUUAUAAAAUUCAUUUCGUUAGACAAGUAGCACCAAACAAAAAUAUGUUUUGUUUUAGUUUUCGAUUAAGUAGAGCUGUUGCUUUUUCCCAGGAAAGCUGUAAACGUAAACAGGAUGAAGUAGAUAUUUCAUCACAAAUAGAUAAUAAUAAGAAUAAUGAUAAAAAAGAUGGCAAAGAUAAUAACAAUGAAUUAUUAUUAUUAAAUCAAGUACCAUCAACUAAAAAGAUUAAAUUAAAAGACGAAAAAAAUAAUUAA